CAUUUGUCCUGGAAGGCCAAAAUUUUUCAUGCAAAAUUAGUAUAUUUACAUACGUUAAUUCUUACAAGGAAAUAAUGGCCGUAAAAAUUUCCAAUGGUUGUAAGCGAUAUGCUGGAAGAGGAAAUUUUGUGUUAAAUCGGCUAAAUAUGGACGUCCGUCGUGGGGAAAUUUACGGCCUGCUUGGAUCGAGCGGAUGCGGGAAAACAAUCCUGCUAUCAUGCAUUGUUGGAUUGAAGAAGUUAGAUGACGGCGAUGUGGUCGUAUUUAACCAAAGAAGGGAAGGAAGCUUGGGAAAUUUGUGUGGAUGGAUGCCGCAGGAUUUGUCACUCAUGAAUGCCUUAUCAAUUGGGGAAGUACUCCGUUAUUUUGGGAUGAUUUAUGGCAUGACUUUGUCCGAAAUUGAAAAUGAGAUAAGAUUCUUGUCAGCAUUUCUUGACCUUCCACCAACAAAUAGGUCGAUACGGGAGUUGAGCGGCGGUCAGAAAAGGCGAGUAUCCCUGGCCGUGGCUGUAAUCCAUAAGCCAGGUCUUCUCGUUUUAGACGAGCCAAGCGUUGGUCUAGAUCCACUUCUUCGUCAACGUAUUUGGGAACACCUCUUCGAUAUUUCACGACUUAAUGACACCACAAUAAUUAUCUCGACGCAUUACUUAGAGGAGACGAAGCGUUGCGACAAGAUUGGCUUUAUGAGAGGUGGAAAACUUUUAGUGGAAGAUAGUCCGCAAUCACUUUUAAAUAAAUUCGGAUUUGAAACCUUGGAAGAAGUUGCGCUCGAGUUGUGUCGAAAUGAUGAAAGUUCGGAAAGGAUGAAGAAUUAUUCGGAUUUUAAAAGUUGUGAAGAUAAGAAAGCUUACAAUUUAGUUACCACCGGUAUUCAAAGUAAUCAGGGAAUAGUAUCGACUGCUGAGAGGAAUCAUGCCUCGAUUUUAGGAGCCUUGGGAAUGAAAUGGUGGCUAAGAAGGAAGCGAGAUUGGAGAUUUAUUGCUAUUGAAUUCUGCAUACCAAUAAUGGCCAUCGUCCUCUUCCAAAUUAUUGUCGGCCCUACCCCGAAAGGUGUCAAUGUCGCCGUUGUAAUGCCUGAUUACGACGUAAACAUUGACUUGGAACAAUAUUGCAACUUUAAUGAGAAAACUGAAGUAAAAUGUUUAGAAAACGUGGGAAUUUGCGAUUUUAUUGGGCAAUUUGACAAUGGAGAGUUUAAUUGGAUUCCAAUAAACUCUUAUACGCAUGCGCUACAGAGCAUUCAGCUCGGGAAUACCAUUGCACUCUUAGAAUUCCGAGAUGACUUUAGUAAUCACACCAGGAACAGAAUAUUACAUCGGAAUUUUGCCAAUAACGAGACCAUCGCUGGAUCAACGAUAUCCGUCCGAAUGGAUGAGUCAAGUCCGAUAACCGCUUCUUGGCUAAAGAAAACUCUGGUGGAAAAAUACGUUGCAUUUAUUGAAAGUAUUGGGAAAGGGUGUUCUUUAAACGGAAGUGAAAUUGUGCGACCUCCACUUAAGUUCCACGCCGUUUAUGGAAAUACCGACAUCUACCGAAUUAUUUUGUACAUGCAGCCUGGCAUUUUCAUUUUGCUCUUGUUCAUGCUGUCAAAUGCGGGUGCCAUCGUGACCUCGGAGGAUAGACGAUUUGGUCUCGAAGACCGGGAUUACGUGGCCGGUGUCACGCUGGGACAUCGCCUAUUGGCUGAUGUCGUGACACAGUCAAUCAUCAGCUGGGCACAGCUGGUCGUUUUCUUUUCACUUUUUCACCUCAUUUAUGGAAUGGAAGUUCGAGGAAUGUUUGAAAUUGCGGUGGGAUUAGCGUAUCUAACAGCCAUUGUGGGGCUAACCAUUGGCUGGAUGAUAUCAAGUUUGCGGGAUGAUAUGCUCGAAACGGUGUUAAUCGUUCUCUUUGUAACGGUAACGCAAUCAUUUUCCUCAGGAGCGCUUUUCUCCCUGGAAAUGGCGACGCCGGUGUACCAAGUCCUGUCACAAUUUCUGCCAACCACCCACAUCGUGGAUAGCUUCAGAUCAAUCUGCACGCGCGGAUGGGGGCUGGAGCAUCCCCACGUGACCAAAGGAUUCCUGUCCGGCACAGGUUGGAUCCUGGUUUCUGUAGCAGUCUGUGUUUUAUCGGAGAGACGAAGAUAUAAGUGAUAUUUAAAUUUUUGAACAAAAUGCAACAAAACUUUCGAAAAAAUGCAACUUAUUUCUUAACGAAAGUUUCAUAUACAAAACAUUACAAUUUAUGAAGGAAAAAAUAAAAUUCAAAUGCUUCAAAAAUAUGUCAUUUAUUUUCAGGAAAGGAAAUUUAAUGGGAUUGUCUGAAUUUAAAAAUAUGGGAAUAAAAAAGUCUGCCAUGUGUCAAUUUUA